AUGAAUCAGCUGCGUCGCAAGUCGGCGUUCCGCAUCGAGCCGUUUCGGCACAAGGUGGAGAUGGACCCGCGAUACGCGGAGAAGACGUGGGGCAUUCUCGAGGACGCCAUCCACCAGAUCUACAACCACAACGCGUCCGGCCUCAGCUUCGAGGAGCUCUACCGCUUCGAGGAGCUCUACCGGUACGCGCUUUGUUCUUGUACCGGGGCCUCCUCUCCUCCUACUCGAGGUUCCGCCUUCCGUCCUCGUAGCGAUGCCUCCUCCUCUCCCUUGUUCCGUCCCUCGGCUUGCGGCAUUCUCGAGGUCGCAACCCACCGCAUCUACAACCACAGCGCCUCGGGGCUCAGCUUCGAGGAGCUCUACCGCAACGCGUACAACAUGGUGUUGCACAAGUACGGCGACCGCCUGUACGCGGGGCUGGUGAGCACCAUGACGAACCACCUCAAGGGCGUGGCGGCGGCCAUUCAAUCUGCUCAGGGGCCACUGUUCCUCAACGAGCUGGAUGCAAGCACCAUGACGAACCGUCUCAAGGGCGUGGCGGCUGCUAUAGAGGCGGCGCAUGGGGCGCUCUUUUUGAACGAGCUGGAUGCCAGGGCUGGUGAGCACCAUGACGAUCCACUGUGGCGGCUGCCAUUGAAGCCGCUCACAGGCCGCUGUUCCUCAACGAUCUGGACGCCAGGUGGGUUUGAGGGUGUGACGCGAGCUCACCUCAAGGGCGUGGCGGCGGCUAUAGAGGCGGCGCACGGGGCGCUCUUCCUCAACGAGCUGGACGCGAGCACCAUGACGAACCACCUCAAGGGCGUGGCGGCGGCCAUAGAGGCGGCGCACGGGCCGCUCUUCCUCAACGAACUGGAUGCGAGCACCAUGUCGGCGCACCUCAAAGGCAUGGCAACGGCUAUAGAGGCGGCGCACGGGCCUCUCUUUCUCAACGAGCUGGACGCGAGCACCAUGUCGGCGCAUCUCAAAGGCGCCGCUGCUGCUAUAGAGGCGGCGCACGGGCCGCUCUUUCUCAAUGAGCUGGAUGCGAGGUGCAUGUGUGGUGGGUGGGAGGUGACACGGCAGUGCACCAUGACGGCGCACCUCAAAGGCAUGGCAGCGGCUAUAGAGGCGGCGCACGGGCCGCUGUUCCUCAACGAGCUGGACGCCAGGUGGGUGUGA